AUGUCUGGCAAGGGUGCGAAGGGCCUCUCCGGCAAGGGUGCCAAGGGCACCAUGGGCGGUGCGGGCAAGGCCAAGGGAGGCGACAAGAAGAAGCCCGUCUCCCGGUCCGCUCGCGCGGGCCUCCAGUUCCCCGUGGGUCGUAUCCACCGUCUCCUUAAGGGCAUGGUGACGGCCAACGGCCGCGUGGGUGCCACCGCCGCGGUGUACACGGCGGCCAUCCUCGAGUACCUCACCGCCGAGGUGCUGGAGCUGGCCGGGAACGCGUCGAAGGACCUCAAGGUGAAGCGUAUCACCCCGCGCCACUUGCAGCUCGCCAUUCGCGGUGACGAGGAGCUCGACACGCUCAUCAAGGCCACCAUCCGCGGCGGCGGCGUCAUCCCGCACAUCCACAAGUCGCUCAUCAACAAGCAGGCCAAGAAGGAGGGUCUGAACUAA